UUUUUAUUAUGAUUUUUUAUCACAAACACGUUGUUUUCGGAUUAGUUUUUAGUUAAAAAACUUUGCAAAUCUUUAAGAAAAAUGUCAAUUCAAUUGGGAAAUCUGUGUUCUGUGAUUUUGGAGCAACAUUUUGGGGCAAAUGUACAAAAAAUCGGACAAGAAUUGUACACCGGCGGGAAGACUCUUCGUGGUCUCAUGAAGACGACCAUGCUGUCCAAAAAUGAAGUCUCCCAAGCACUCUCAGUUCUCCUGAAAUUCCGCUUAGCCACGUAUGAAAUGUCCGCGAAUAAGGCGUAUGCAGAGUACUCCCUGAGUAGUGAUCAAAUCCUUCAGAUCCUCCGCUAUCCGAGAUACAUCUACUACAUGCAGUCAAAGUAUGGGCAUACAGCAGCCCUCCUGGUGGAGGAACUCCUGCGGGCAGGAUGUGAGACAGCUUCGUAUUUAAUUUCUAAAUCCGUACAGAACUCGGAGAGCAAAGAGAAGAACACGGUGGUUGAGCAUCGAGAUAAGUUCUUUGAACUCAUUCAGGGAAACUUCUUUAUUAGAGCCAUUGUGGGGGAGAAAGCUGAAGAAUUGGCUGAAGCUGUGAGCAAUAAUGCAAGCUUGCUAUUUCAACGACCGGAAAUUGAUGUUCAGGAACUUGUUGCACUGCAGGAGGGGAAAAAUCUGCCCUCAACGAAGGAUGCCGGGAUCUAUUGGCAUGUGAACUAUGAGAAAUUUCAUCAACACUUCCGUGAUGCCAUCCUCUGCCAGGCAAUUGAGCGGAGAGUUAAUUCCAAUGCAAGUGAAUGUGUGCGGUAUUUGCUGCAGUCCAUGUACUUGCGGACAGACCCGUGGAAAUCCUCAUCAAAUCCAAUCCCUUUCGGCGAGAUACGAUCAUUUUGUGAGAAACAAUCGAAUAAUUUGGAAUUAAUUCGAUAUCUGGAGCAGUACAUUGCUGUGAUUGUCGAUGACCCCCUGAUGAUGCUCUCGAAGUAUUCCGAUGCAGGUGGUGGGCAGUACGUUAUGCAGAUGAAGAAGGUCUUUGAGCAGCUUGCCUGGGUGUGCAUUGAGAAUACAAUAAUGGAGAAAUUUGGGGCGAAAGCAGCACGAAUUUUCCGCGUUGUCCGCAUGAAGAAGUACAUUGAGCAAGAAGAUAUCCAAAAGGAAGCCAUGAUCCCGUCAAAAGAAGCCAAACAACUCACCUAUAAGCUACUCGAGGAGCAUUUUCUGCAAAUUCAUACCAUCCGCAAAGCUGGAAGUAGCGGUACGGGACCAGCAAAAUGUUUCAUCCUCUUCUAUGUCAAUCAAACUCAGAUUGUAAUGCUGCUCAUGGAGACAUGCUACAAAGCCCUUUUCAAUGGAAUUACUCGAUCAAAUUAUGAUUCAUCCGUGAAUCGAAGAUUGAUCGAUAAAUCUCAGCGACUGGAGAGUGUAGUUGAGGCCAUGAAGGAGCGCGGAGAAUCAGAAGAGUACAUAAUGGAUAUACUCGAGACCCUAACUCCACCUGAGAGGGAAAUUCUGGAGAAAGUUAAGAUAAGAAUUAAGAAUCUCUACAGUGCAGAAAUUGGUCUUGAUGAAACACUCUUCCUCUUCCAAAUGUACCAAUUCUAUCAAGCGGAAAAGCCUUAAAAGUGCCCUCAAAUGUGCUGCCUUAUCUAGGCUCAAAUUGAAGAAGCCAAAGUGAAAGAGAUACCCAAUUUCAUCACCAUGACAUACUCCUGGACGUGAGAUACCCAGAAGGCGCUUGUAGAGGCCAAGAGCUCCAUCGAAAGCAAAUCUAUAGAGGUACGUUGUGGCAUUUCGUGCAGCCCCGUGCAAUCGAGCAGAGGUCACAAUUCCUCGUACAAACAUCAAGUCAGUCCACAUCUUUUCCGUUUUUUUUACAUGCGAUAAAUUAGUAAAUAUUUGCCUCAAUAA